AUGGAGCAACGCGACUUGCAGUUCAAUUUAGCUUCAAAUUUUUCUUCAAGGAUGAAUUCUUCUAGCUGUAGUUAUUACGGAAAUAACCGAAACACCGAUACCUACCCCGAUUUCGAAGGAGUUCAAGAUUUGUCUUAUUCCGCUCAGUGUAUGCAAGAACAGAAUGUGCCUGCUAACGAAGACCAAGAUGUCACCUGUAUGGAUCUAAGUUUACUUCUUUCGUCUUCAAAAGCUUGUGAUCGACAACAAAUUGAAGAUGAACUUCCUCUUAAUUUAACUGGGAAAGCCAGAGAAGAUGAAAUUAAUAGAAGAUUACGACAGAGACAGCAAUUCUGCAACUACUCUUACCCAUUUAGUGAUCCACCAAGAUUUUCUCAAGUUUUUGUUGCACCAGAUUUCCUUGGAAUGCAUGAACUUCAGGAUCUGAGAACUCACAUUUACAUGGAUGAUGCUACUUCCUUAAAUUUGACUUACUGUCCCCAGACCUUGGAUUUAUCAGCUCAGAGUCUUGAUCUGUCACUUACAGGACAAGAAUUGCAGUAUGACAAUUCAACUGUUGACCUCUCAGCUUCCCACAGUCUCAACCUGGAUGCUUGUACAGGAUGUGAUAUAUUGAACUUGACCUGCCAUCAAGGGGGAUCUGAAUCUGAGACAUCCAACAUGAUAGAUCUGGCUAUGCUUCACCAGCAGCAACAGCCCUUGCCACCAGCAUCUUCUCUGCCUCUACCCUUGUCAAUAACACAAUCUCUAACUCCAACAUCCUGCAGCAGUCAACAAUAUACAGCUCUAGAUUUGCAAAAAAACAGCUGCGUAUCGACAGUAAGCACUACAGCUGUAGCUCAACAGGUCGCAGUCGAAGAAAAGCGGUAUAUGUGUGCGCUUUGCGCCGAACAUUUCGUCACGACACAGGAAUUGAUAGCUCACCGAGACACUCACUUAAAUGCCAAACCUUUCGCUUGCGACCAGUGCGGCAUGCGGUUCAUGAAAGUCGGCACAUUGAACCGCCACGUCAAAGCAACGCACGCAAAUUCACGGCCAUAUCAAUGCGAGAUGUGCGAGAAGAAAUUCGCCCAGAAGCACGAUCUCCAACGACACAUUCGUACCCAUAAACGCAAAUGA